CCUCCAGCCCCCUCCUGGCCAGCGGUCCCUCCUGACCAAUAGCACAACCUGGGCCCCCCUUAUAAAAGGCCAGGGCUGCAGUCCUGUCCUUUGGGUCAGUGUCGCCUCCAGGAUACAGACGCCCCUUCCAGCACAGCCCAGCCAGGCCCCCCACGCCGCCACCAUGCCGUUCGGUAACACCCACAACAAGUACAAGCUGAACUUCAAGGCUGAGGAGGAAUACCCAGACCUCAGCAAGCACAACAACCACAUGGCCAAGGCGCUGACCCUUGAGAUCUACAAGAAGCUGCGGGACAAGGAGACUCCAUCUGGCUUCACCCUGGACGAUGUCAUCCAGACAGGUGUGGACAACCCAGGUCACCCCUUCAUCAUGACCGUGGGCUGUGUGGCCGGUGACGAGGAGUCCUAUGUGGUUUUCAAGGAUCUCUUCGACCCCAUCAUCCAAGACCGACACGGGGGCUACAAACCCACCGACAAGCACAAGACCGACCUCAACCAUGAGAACCUCAAGGGUGGAGACGACCUGGACCCCAACUACGUGCUUAGCAGCCGCGUCCGCACUGGCCGAAGCAUCAAGGGCUACACCCUGCCGCCUCACUGCUCUCGUGGCGAGCGCCGGGCAGUGGAGAAACUCUCGGUGGAAGCCCUCAACAGCCUGACGGGAGAGUUCAAGGGGAAAUACUACCCUCUGAAGAGCAUGACCGAGCAGGAGCAGCAACAGCUCAUCGACGACCACUUCCUGUUCGAUAAGCCCGUGUCCCCACUGCUGCUGGCCUCAGGCAUGGCCCGAGACUGGCCCGACGCGCGAGGCAUCUGGCACAAUGACAACAAGAGCUUCCUGGUGUGGGUGAACGAGGAGGACCACCUCCGAGUCAUCUCCAUGGAGAAAGGAGGCAACAUGAAGGAGGUUUUCCGCCGCUUCUGCGUGGGGCUGCAGAAGAUUGAGGAGAUCUUCAAGAAAGCCGGCCACCCCUUCAUGUGGAACGAGCACCUGGGCUACGUGCUCACCUGCCCGUCUAACCUGGGCACCGGGCUGCGUGGAGGCGUGCAUGUGAAGCUGGCACACCUGAGCAAGCAUCCCAAGUUCGAGGAGAUUCUCACUCGUCUGCGCCUGCAGAAGCGGGGCACAGGUGGCGUGGACACAGCCGCUGUGGGCUCAGUGUUCGAUGUGUCCAACGCCGAUCGGCUGGGCUCGUCGGAAGUAGAACAGGUGCAGCUGGUGGUGGAUGGUGUGAAGCUCAUGGUGGAGAUGGAGAAGAAGCUGGAAAAAGGCCAGUCCAUCGACGACAUGAUCCCCGCCCAGAAGUAGGCUCCCAGCCGACUGCUGGAGCCCAGGGCAAAGGGAGGACCAGGCCCAUCGAAGGCCCGCCCCUUCCUUCCAGAAUCUGGCUGACAACGGUCAGUCAACUGGGGGCUCUCUCCACUCUUCAUCGAAUUCCAGUUCCAACCAGAGUUCCAGCCAAUGGGCUCCAUUUUCUGGGUUCUGGCCAAUGAAAAUCCUCCCUUCACAUUCACCUCUCAUUAUCCCUGAGCUCCGCCCACCACCAGGAGCUCUGGUUAACAGAGGCUCCCUGACACAUCUGGAGCUCAUGCUUUUCUCCACUCAAAGCAACAAAUAAAAGCAAUGGUGGCCUUA